GUGCUGGCGGGGGUGGCAUGGCUGAGGACACCGCCUUGUCCCCAUUGCCACCACCAGCCCCAAGUCACCCUCGCCUGCCAGGGCCAGUUCCCCCUUUGCAGUGGGCUGUACCGUAUCUCCGUGCCUCAGUUUCCCCAUUGCAACACCGGAGCGCUCUCGGGAGGGUGGAGGGGAUGAGAUGGAGCCAAGGGGAUGCUGGUGGUGCCAUGGGAGAUGGUCAGCCACGGGGACGGGGGGAGGGAAGAGGGGGCCACGGGCGAAGGCCGCGUAAUAAGGAUAUUUGUUUUGCCUGUUUUGCAGAGUUUCAAUGUUCUGACUUGCUCUAAGAUGAAGGUAUGGAAGUUUGCAGCCAUUGCAUCGAUGCUCCUCAGUUCCAUGUUAUCCAUUUUAGUUUGUAGAGACAUGUUCAACGGAAGCCGGAAAUACAGCCCCUUGCCUUCCUCGCCGUCUUCCUCACGGGCAUCCUCCUCUUCCUCCUCCUCCUCCUCCUCCUCCUCCUCCUCCUCCUCGCCGCCGGCAGCUCUGCGGAGAUCCCCACGGGCCCUGCAACGAUCUGCCCCUUCUCUUGCAGACAGCAGCUUACUGGAGAGCUACACGGAGGGGGAGAUCCGGCAGCUGAUUUCGGCGCUGGUGGAGCGCUACAGCCAGGCCAUGAACUCGGGCGGGCACGAGCUGCCGCUCUUCCCCCGGGCAGGCAGCCGCAGGAAACGUGCCCGCGCCCGCCACAAACCCUGCGCCCUGAAGGAGCUGGAGGUGAGCGUCAGCGAGCUGGGCCUGGGCUACGAGUCGGAUGAGACGGUGCUUUUCCGCUACUGCAGCGGCACCUGCGAGGCGGCCGUCCGGAGCUACGACCUCUCGCUGAAGAGCAUGAGGAGCAGAAAGAAGAUCAAGAAGGAGAAGGUCCGGGCUCGACCCUGCUGCCGGCCGCUGGCGUACGAUGACGACGUCUCCUUCCUGGACGCCUACAACCGCUACUACACCGUCAACGAGCUCUCGGCCAAGGAGUGCGGCUGCGUGUGAAGGGCCGGGGCCCCCCCCGGGAGGAGCGGGCGGGAGAGGCGAUGCCCCGGCCCCAAAACCCCGCUGGCCGCCAGGCAGAGGGACCGGGGGCUGCGGCGGGGGGAGAGGGACGGGCCCCAGACCUCUGGCUAGAGGAGAGACUGAGCUGCUGGUGCGUCCCUCGGCGUGACCGUCCCGCUCGCCGCACAGGACUAGAGAUGUGGCUGUCGGUGCCGGCGGAGGCUGCGGUUGUUGGAGCGGUGACGGCUGCUUGCGGCUCUUGUCCCCCUCCGGGGGUGGCCCAGGGGUCCCUGUCAGCUGCCCCGGAGGGUGACAGUGGGUGUGCAACAUGCACGGGGUGUGUGUCGACACUCGGGGUGCCUGGCGUGCGCGGGCUGUGUUACGUGUCACGCGUACAGGCGGAGGGGGUGUUGCGAAGCAGGUGGCCCCUGCACAGGGUGUGCCACACGCAGCAGAGGUGACGGGUGCGGGCUGUGCUGCACGCGCCGGGUGUUCCGUGUCGGCUGUGCUGCACGUGCCAGGGCGUAGUGCUUGUGCACAGGGGGUGUUGUGCAGGUGUUGCUGCGUAUGGCAUGGUACCAGGGGCGUGUGGUCCUGGAGGGGGUGUGCUGCACGCACGGCGUGUGUUACAGGCUGCACUGGAGGUGUGGGGUGCGUUAGACGGUUGCAGGUGCCCCAGGACGGGGGCUGAGCCCUGCAGUUUAUAGUUGCCCUGUGCAGGGGUUUCCCAGGGUUUCGUGAUCGCCGUGCUGGGGUCUCUGCCCUGCCAGGGGGAUUUCAGCACCCCAGAGCCCCAUGUUUGGGAGCAGAGAUGCACCAACAGUCGUUCGCGCUCGGGGAAAGGCUCCGGCUCCGCUCGCCGCGCCCGCUCGUGCCCCCUUUGCCAUCACCUCGCUCCCUGCAGCCCUGGGAUUUUCUUCUUAAAACUCGUGAUAAUCUGAAGUAACUGGAUUAACCUCCUUGUCCCCCCGCUGCGGGCAGCUGGGCUGGAGAUCUGCCCCUGCCAGGGAGGUGACAGAGCCUCACGAGGCCACCAGCCAAGCCGUGGUUUGCAGCGCAGGCAGGAGCAUCCUCGGUUCGGCAUCCCCCGAGAGCAGGAGCAGCUCUCCUGGCCGCGGCACGUGAGUAUCACCCAUCACCUCAGCGGGGCCCGAGUCCUGCAGGAGAGGGGACUCAGGCCUGGGGUUUGGCUCUGGCUCGCAUUUACAGCAGUGUCAUUUGUGUUUACUCUGCGGAGAAAUAAAUGAGACCGCAGACUUUUGCAUUCUCUGGGCAGGCUAUAUUUGUUGCCUGGGAUUGAUGGGUUUUCUCCCCUUGGCCCUCUUCCCAGAAAAAGCAAAUCAUAAACAGAAGGAGAAUAUUGGUGUCAUGUCCUGGGCAUUAACCAAUGCGAGGGAAAAUGCUCCACUGGCCACCCCCAGAUCCGCAAUAGCGUCCCAGCUCCUCGGUGCAGCAAAACAGGGGGGAAAAAAAAAAAAAAUCCCAUGUACCUCCAUCCCAUCAUGGUCACAACGAAGAGCUUGUCUAGGUGAGCACAGCAUCUGGGGGAUGCUGCUGCAGAAUUUUAGGGCACAGGUUGGCAUCCCCGGGGAUGAGACAGCUGGGUUUGAAAUGGGAGACUGCUCUCCCCCCUGGGCGACCAGCAGCACUCCCGACCUCUGCAAAGGGCCAGGCUGGUGGGUUUGGGGUUUGGGUUUUUGGUUUUUUUUUUCUUGCUUUUUCAUCCAAACACUGCUCUUGGCUGAGGGGAGCCAGGACGUAGUGAAGCAAUAUAAACACCAUCCUUCAGCAGGGCUGCCCGCGCAGCCGCCGUCCCUGGGAAAGCAGCCUGCACUCUGUAACACGGAGUUUUCCCCUCGCUGAUGGGAAAGGGAGAAGGCAGCUGCGCGUGUGGGGUGUGAAACCCGUCCGUGGGGUGAGCCGGCAAGGGCUGGCAAACCUGCCCCCGGGGAUGCAAACGCUGCUGAGAGCAGACAAACUCGAGCCACGCUGCAGGUGCACGGAGAGCCCAAAACGGCCUCGCAAGGUGCCGCAGCACCAUGGGGGAGAGUUUGCACCGC